CGCGCUGUUGUUGUAAAGCCGGUUGUGAAGGGGUAACUUCUGUGAGUGGCGGUGGCCGUGGCGGCGGGGCUGGUCCCAGUCUCAGCCUGGGCUUAUGGCGCUUAGUUUCAGGAGAGGCCGGAAGGGCCCCUUUAAACAUAUAGCUCAUGGUCUGGUCCCUGCUGCUACCAUAGCUCCUAAACCUGCAGUUCCCCGCACCCCUCCCCCUCGUAGUCCAAACCCUUCUCCAGAAAGGCCCAGAUCAGCCCUAGCAGCAGCUAUUCUAGUGACAAGUUUAACUGGGCGAACCAUUGCUAUUCCCCAGCCUCGUCAAAGAUCACUUUCUGAAAGUGAUACCAGCUAUUUGGAGCAAGAGUGUUUUAUUGAGCCCUAUGCCACAGUCACUGAGCUCAAACUGGGGCCCAGUUGGAAGCAUGAUGAUAGUGAAAGAUCUCCUGUGCAGUCGCUGGAAGUGUCAGGUAAUCAUUGUGAAGAUGAGGACAUGGACACACAUCUUUCAGAGACAGAAAAAGAGCCAGAGCACAACUGUCAGAGUACAGAGAAAAGAGAGGAAAGCUUCAGCAAUGAUGCUAUUUAUGCUGUUCCCUACAAAAAUAAAAAGGGAAAGCUUCCAGUAUCUCCUAGUGUUGAUGUUGAUGAGAAUGAAAUUUCUUCCCAUGAAGCUGCGUUUCGGAUUUUAGUAGACCAGUCAAAUAUACAAGUGGAAGAAGAUGAACCUCCUGUUUUGAAUGUAAAGGAGCAAAAACUGGCAGUUGAAAAUCCACUAAGCGAAAAGCCUCCACCAUCCCCAGAUGUAUCUGUUUGGGCAAGUCAAGGACGGAUGGAUACACCUAAAGAGAAGUUCCAAGAAUUAAAACAAGAAAAUUGGUGUCUAAUCAAGGCAAAUCAGACUAUGGUCCUACAACUUGAGGAACUAAAACAACAAAUAAAGGAACUACAGUUAAAACUUAAGACACUGGAAAAAGAAAAUAAACUUAGAAAAGCUGUAGAGAGUUCACAUAAGGAAGAGGAAGUUGCAGAAUUGCUUUCAUUGCGACAACAAGCCCAGGAACUGGUAGAUGAAAAUGAUGGUUUGAAAAUGACUGUCCAUCGUUUAAAUGUGGAAUUGAGUCGCUAUCAAACCAAAUUCAGACUGUUGUCCCAAGAUGAGAAUAUAAAAAUUGGAGGCCUGCCAAUGAAAGGGCCACCACCUCCCUGGCUGCUGGAUAUGAAAUAUUUGUCACCUCUCCUACUGGCAUAUGAAGACAGAAUGCGAGAAAAGGAAGAUUUAAAUCUUGCACAUGAGGAGGACAUAAGGAAGUUUAGGAUACAAGUUAAAGAAUUGGUGAAGGAGAAUGAACAACUGCACCAGCAAUUAAAUAAAAAUAGUUCUGUUACUCUGAAGGAAUGGCAGCAGCUGCAAACUCAGGCAAAGCUGGUCUUGGAAGAAAAUGGAGUGUUGAUGGAGCAACUUGAAAUUCAGCAGGCUAAAGCAAAGGAAAGUUACAACCAACAUCUUCAGGAAGUUUUUUUCCCCCCCCAUGAAGUUUCAAAAUUGACCAAACAGCUAAUGGUUUUGGAAGCUAAGAAACAGAGCCAGGAAGAGGAGAUAUCAGAGAAUCAGAAGCAGCUGAAGUCUUUAUGCUCCACAUGUGAAGAACUGAAAGCCAAUCUGAAUGGCAGAGUAACAGCAGAGGAGCAUGUUGCUUUGGUAAAUGCAUUAAGAAGUCAGUUGCAACAGGAACAGGAAAAGCAAAGUGCUGAGCUGGAAGAUCUAAUGGAAAGACUAGCAUCAUUGCAAGCACAGAAAAAGAGCCUGCUCUCAGAGAAAAAUGACCUAGUCGCUGACAAGAAGAUCCUGGAAGAAGAGCUGAAAAUAGCGCAAAAGACGAAUAGGAGAUCACAGAAGAAAAUAUGUCUUCUGAAACAGCAGUUGGGAGAAGCAAUGGAAAAGGAAGUGGCAGCUCAUCAGUACUUAGCAAAUCUUAUUAGCUUGGCAGAGAAUAUAAGUCAGGAACGUGACCAUCUUAUACAUUUGACCAAAUGCUUGGAAAGUGAGAAGCAUGGAGUUCUGAACAAAAUAAUAGAAGGGAAUGUACGCUUAGGAAGAUUAGAAGAGAAGGUUAGGGUAUACAAAAAGAAAGCUGCUGGGAAGCUUGGAGACAUCAGUCUCAAAAUGACUGAGCAAGAGGAGGAAUUUGCUGGGAAGGCUUCUCGAUACCAGCAUGAAAUGAAGCACCUCCAGCGGCUACUGCAAGACAAGCAAGAAACCCUUGAUGAAGUGCUGCAGCAGAAAAGAAAUUCCCCAUGGACUCCAGGGAACAAUUCAAAGGCUUUUUGGCAGAGGGCAGUCUGGCUGCAAAGACAUCUAUUCCAUCUGCCUUGAAUAUUAUUGAUGGUUCCUUUACAAUUUUGACCUCUGGAAUUGUAAUGAGGAGAGUAUCUUGACUAUAUAAUUCUGGUAUAACCCCUGAGAUACAGCAAACUACAGAAGACUUUCCAUUUGAUGGGCGCUUUGGGGGGGUUUUUUUGGAUAAAAUUAAAUCUCACAAAAGAAUUGAGAUAUAUAAAGGUGCAUUUCAGGGCUUGUUUUACGUUCCUCUCUGUGGUAUAGGGACAGCAUCUACUCCCCAGAAAUCCCCUCAGUAGGAGUGAAGGGUUCUGGGUGUGCUCCAGAGAGACUGGAAGUGUCAGAGGAGUAUUUUUUUAAACACUUGUCACCAAAAUGAAUUAAUAAAACCCCUUUUUAAACACAGUUUUAAUUCUAAGCCACUUUUGGGCGAAGUGGCCACAAAAGGUCUGAGAGAGAAAGUCAGAAAUAUUUAAGAUGUGCUAUUCUCCCUACCCUGAAUAAUGUUUCACAUUUCUACACCAUAAGGCCUGUCACACUUGGCUUUCUCUAGCGGUGACUGCAUUUCAGUGUUUCUAUAGAAGCUAGCACACAGCCUUCUGCAACAACAGUGAAGAGAAGUUUGGCCAAGGACAUAUGCAAAUACUUGCAUUUACCUGGAAAGGCUAAGAAAGGUCUUGAUGCAAUGAUCCAUACAAAACUAAUUUUAUUUCCAUUCUGAGGUGGACUCAAUCUCUCUCUGCAACAGAAAGGACACAAUAAUUGUCCUGUUGAAACUUCUGCUGUACCUCAGGUUUCAGAGUAGCAGCCGUGUUAGUCUUUAUUCGCAAAAAGAAAAGAAGGACUUGUGGCACCUUAG